AGGGUGAUUGUCGUCACAGAAACAGACGUGGACAAACGUGUCGGGCUGAGGAGUCUGCUGAAAUCACCUAAGGAACCGAUGGACAGAGAGAAGGACAGAGGAAGAAAUGUGUCCUUUUUUGAUGAUGUCACAAUCUAUCUUUUUGAUCAGGAAACUCCAACCAAUGAGCUGAGCUCUUCAGCGCCCACUAGUCCAGCCCCAGUGUCUGUCAAGAGCACCAAGUUGGAUUUGCGUGGGCAAAACACGAAGAGCAAAGAAUCAAAAAGGAAAGAUGAUUUGUCAAUCAAACCAAGGUCGCCUGUGGGGGCCAAUCCGGUGACAUCAUCGCGCUUCACUGUCAGCCCUGCCAACGACCCUCACUUGGUGUGAUGUCAUUGUGGGAACCUUUAGAGCUGAACCCUCUUGGACUGGCCAGCAAAUUAACCCCAACAACCAGCCAUUCACCCAGAGGCUAUUUUUUUAUUGAAUAGGCAACUGAAAGAAUGAGACCGUUCUAAAAGCUGGACAAAUUCCAGGUUUUACCCACGACAGGAUUUUGUAUGACAGGGGUCGCUGUGCUCCUGACUGCCACUAUUUACAGAGUUUAUUCACGGCCUUUGGCUACAAAUGUCUUUGGAAAAGGCAGCAUAUGCUAGGAGAAGAGGAGCCUGGAGCUUUGUAAAAUCUGAAACAGAUUUGACAGCUAUGCAGUGGGAGUCUUGCUGUGUACCAGCUUACCUUCUCUUUUUCUGCUUCAUUAUGUUGUAUUAUUCCCCGAGUGUGUGGGGAAUGCACUUUCUUUAGUCAUUCAUCUGUCUAUGUAAACUCUCGGAUUCCAGUCCUCUCUUUAUUAAAGAGGUUUUUCAUUGCAGUCAGUUGUUCUUGUAGGCAGCAGUUUGGAACAGAAAUCGCUUGACUCCUGUAUUUGAGAAUACUCGUUUGCAUUUGUACAAAUAACAUAAUACAAGUGUAUACAGUAUCAUUUUAGAGCUGUUUACUUUUAGAUGUAUUCUUAGACUGCACGAAAAAUGAA